AUGGCCCUCUCUCCCUUCAAAACCGUCCGCUUCCCUAGCUUCGGGCUCGGCCUACAGGCGCAGUACUGCCCCUUCGUUCGCCCGUCGACGCUCGACGAAAAGUCCUUCGCCUCUCGGUGGCACCCCAACGUCUUCACCGUCCGAGACAAGUACUCGAGCGUACGCCCCGACGUUCUCACCUGGCGGGUCGUCUCGGCCACGAGCCACAAACUCGUCCCGAAAGCAGUGAUGCGCAACCGCCUCAAGCGCAGAUGGGCCAACGCCUUCGCGGACAGCAUGAGGAACAACGGCCUCCACACCACGGGCAGGCCGCUUUCGGUGUCCAAACGUGCCAAAAACGCGCCACCAAAGGUCCAAGGCACGCUCGAGAUGCUCGUCUUCAGCGCUUCCGGGCUGCAUGUGUCCUACGACAAGCUUCUCAAGGCGACCGAUGUGCUCGUCAAGACCUUGCUGCGUGGAGAUGCAAAGCUCAGUCCUGAGUCGUGGCCAAAGCCUCAACCUGUCUACGGGGGUCGAAAGGAUAGGGCUGAUUCGAGAUGGUCGAUCGUUGCGCCAGUGAAAUGA